AACAAAAAUUAAGCGUCGUGUCAGUUUAGCAGAGACGCACACGACACCUUCAUUAAAACAAUACGGUUAGAAUAACAAACUCAAUUCAAUUGUCACACAUUUCACACUCCAUUGAAGACCAAACUAAAAGCUUGGAAAAGCAGGAGAGAGAAAAUCGAGAGUUCUUUAGAAUGAAGGGUAAAACAGUCAUGGAAGUUGGAGCUGAUGGUGUUGCGGUCAUCACCAUUAUCAAUCCGCCUGUUAAUUCGCUUUCUCUUGAUGUGUUGCAGAGCUUGAAAGAGAAUUUUGAUGAGGCAUUAAAAAGAAAUGAUGUGAAGGCCAUAGUAGUUACAGGUGCUAAGGGCAAAUUUUCUGGUGGUUUUGAUAUCACUGCUUUUGGUGGAAUCCAAGAGGGAAAGACUGCAUCACCUAAGCGUGGUUUUGUAGCAGUGGAGGUUCUCACUGACACAGUUGAAGCUGCAAGAAAACCGUCAGUUGCUGCUAUUGAUGGGUUGGCCUUAGGUGGAGGUUUGGAGGUUGCAAUGGCAUGCCAUGCACGGAUAUCCACCUCUAAUGCACAAUUGGGUUUACCUGAACUUCAGCUUGGAAUAAUUCCUGGAUUUGGAGGAACCCAGCGUCUUCCACGGUUAGUUGGACUCUCUAAAGCUCUUGAAAUGAUGCUGACUUCUAGAGCCGUCAAAGGUUCAGAAGCCCACAACUUGGGCCUUGUGGAUGCAAUAGUUCCAGAAAAUGAACUUCUCAAUACUGCUCGUCGCUGGGCCCUAGAAAUUUUGGAGCGUAGGAAGCCUUGGGUUUCAAGUCUUUAUAAGACGGACAAGCUGGAGCCACUUGGAGAGGCAAGAGAAAUAUUGAAGUUUGCUAGGGCACAGGCUCGAAAGCAAGCUCCUAACCUCAAUCAUCCACUGGUUUGCAUAGAUGUUAUUGAAGAAGGCAUAGCAUCUGGACCUCGUGCUGGCCUGUGGAAGGAGGCUGAUGCUUUUGAGGAACUUCUGCGUUCGGACACUUGCAAGAGCCUGGUUCACAUCUUUUUUGCUCAACGAGGAACCUCAAAGGUCCCAGGUGUUACCGACUUGGGUCUCUCGCCAAGAAAGAUAAGAAAAGUUGCUGUUAUUGGUGGUGGUUUGAUGGGUUCUGGAAUUGCUACAGCAUUGAUCCUCAGUAGCUAUCCUGUGGUUUUGAAAGAAGUGAACCAGAAGUUCUUGGAAGCGGGCAUUGGCAGAGUGAAAGCCAAUUUACAAAGCCGUGUAAAGAAAGGAAAAAUGACUGAGGAGAAGUUCGAAAAAACUAUAUCUCUACUUGAAGGAGCUCUUGAUUAUGACAGCUUCAGAGAUGUGGAUAUUGUCAUAGAGGCUGUUAUUGAGAAUGUUUCCUUGAAGCAACAAAUUUUUGGAGAUCUGGAGAAGUACUGUCCCCCGCAUUGCAUACUUGCAAGUAAUACCUCCACGAUUGAUCUGAACCUUAUUGGCGAGAAGACUCAUUCUCAAGAUCGAAUUGUGGGAGCCCAUUUCUUUAGCCCUGCUCAUAUUAUGCCCCUUUUAGAGAUUGUUCGAACUGAGAAAACAUCUCCUCAAGUAAUUGUUGAUGUUCUGGAUAUUGGAAAGAAGAUAAAGAAGACACCGGUUAUUGUUGGGAAUUGUACGGGGUUUGCUGUCAAUAGGAUGUUCUUCCCUUAUUCUCAAGCAGCCAUGCUGCUUGUUGAGCAUGGCACAGAUUUAUAUAAGAUUGAUAGAGCUAUUACAAAAUUCGGAAUGCCAAUGGGUCCCUUUAGAUUGGCUGACCUGGUUGGCUUUGGCGUAGCCGUUGCAACUGCCACACAGUACAUUGAGCAUUUCCCUGACAGAACCUAUAAAUCUAUGAUUGUCCCUCUUAUGCAAGAAGAUAAAAGAGCAGGUGAAUCUACACGCAAAGGGUUCUACUUGUAUGAUGAUAGACGCAAGGCUAGCUCAGAUCCUGAAAUAAAGAAAUAUAUUGAGAAAGCAAGGGAAAUUUCUGGGAUUAGCAUUGAUCCUAAGGUAGCAAACUUAUCUGAGAAGGAUAUAAUAGAGAUGAUUUUUUUCCCGGUGGUCAAUGAGGCUUGUCGAGUCCUUGCAGAAGGAAUUGCAGUUAAAGCAUCUGAUCUGGAUAUUGCUGCUGUCAUGGGAAUGGGAUUUCCCCCAUACAGGGGUGGGAUUUUGUUCUGGGCUGAUUUGCUGGGAACAAAAUACAUUUACUCAAGGCUGGAGGAAUGGUCAAAACAAUAUGGAGGGUUCUUCAAACCUUGUGCCUACAUGGCUGAUAAGGCUGCCAAGGGUGCUCUUCUGAGUUCUGGACCGAUGGGACAACCUAAAUCGCGGCUGUAAGGCAGAACAAAUCUGGACAACGCUGAUUCAAUUCUCUCCUGACAAAGCUUUAGCAUCCUUACAAAAGGUUGUUCGGAGCGUGAGAAACUAGUUAACCAACUGGUCGGAGGUUCACAACAAAUAAGAACUAGUUGGCAUGGCUUUUAAAUACUGCGAGGCAAAAAGAGUAUGUUAAAAAAUAUGUGUAUUGGGAGUUCUAGUCUUUAGGUAGCGAUUACAUUGUAAGAAACAUAUGUGGCUUGGUUGUCUCUCUCGGUAAGAUGGAUUCUAAAAAUCAGUAGUUUGAACUAUCACAGUGGUGGUGGAUCGAGGAUUUGAUUUACGUGGGUUCGGAGUCGUUUGAAAGAAAAAUCAAUAUAAAUUAACUAAUAAUUUCAGUA